AUGAGUGAAGAAAACCUUGAAGGGCAACUAGGAAGACAACUUCGGUUAGGAUUGGCAAAGGAUGAUGGGAAGUGGCAACGUGGGCGAGUCCCAGGAAUUUCGGCCGUUGAUUAUUUAGUGGGCUACAAAAAGAUGGUUGCCUUUGCAAUCAAACAAAAUAACAAUUUGGUUGGUGAUAAGAGAGAGAAAAGGCAUAUAUCAGCAAUGUUUUUUGACUUAUCAGAAAAUGAAGAGGCAGAUGAUUGUCGAGGGUCCACUAGAUUUGGAAUCAAAGAGAGUUAUUUGAUGUCGAUUUCUAUACAAGUAAGAAAAGCCAAUGACUUUGAUUUGUUGACUCACUUCAACUGA